GAGAGACUAGAACAGAACUGGAGUUGGGACAGAAACGACAACGCGAACGAGCAGACAGCUUCGCCUAGAAAUCCCGACACUUCAAACAAAAGCUGUGCAACUCUUUUCUCCCCGCAACAGUCCUGCCAAAAGUGCACGUAGCGCUGCAAUGAUUAUCCAAAGGAUAACGGUUUUACGCGACUUUUUACCUGAAUGAGAAAGGUGAGAUCCGUCUAGGGCCACGCCAAGAUGAAGUUCGGCAAGAACAUAUGCAUAUUAAACGUCGGCGGCACCAAAUAUGCGUUCACCAGAGAGGUGAUUAAGGAUUUCCCACUCCGGAGAGUAAGCAGGUUGCACAGCUGUUCGUCGGAGAAGGAGGUGCUGGAAGUGUGCGAUGACUACGACCGCGAACGGAACGAGUUCUUCUUUGAUCGGCACUCCGAAGCGUUUGUGUUCAUCAUGCUGUAUGUGCGCUCGGGAAAGCUGCGCUUCGUGCCGCGGAUGUGCGAACUCUCCUUCUACAACGAAAUGAUCUACUGGGGGCUGGAGAGCUCGCACCUGGAGUUCUGCUGCCAGCGCCGCCUGGACGACCGUAUGUCCGACACUUACACGUAUUUCUCCGAGGAGGACGGGAGAGCCGAGGAGGAGUCGCGAGUGGGCGAUGAAGAGUCCGAUGUAAGAGGAUCGUUCGCCGAGCGCGCAAACACGGGCUGGCUGGAGCGCAUGCGGAGGACCUUCGAGGAGCCCGCGUCCUCUGUGGCCGCGCAGAUCCUCGCUUCCGUCUCCGUGAUUUUUGUCAUCAUUUCCAUGGUCAUCCUCUGUGCCAGCACCUUGCCUGACUGGGACACAGCCAAGAACAACACAGUAGAGGAGCACAGGAUCAUUGAAGCAGUAUGCAUUGGCUGGUUUACUGCCGAGUGCAUAGUGCGUUUUAUUGUCUCCCGGGACAAAUGUGAGUUUGUACGGCGGCCUCUGAACAUCAUUGACCUCCUGGCUAUAACACCUUACUAUGUAUCAGUGGCCAUGACAGGCCUGACUGGGGAAAACCCGCAGCUUCAAAGAGCAGGGGUCACACUGCGUGUGCUGAGGAUGAUGCGCAUCUUCUGGCUAAUUAAGCUGGCACGCCACUUCCUUGGUCUGCAAACACUGGGGCUGACGCUGCGCCGCUGCUACCGUGAGAUGGUCAUGCUGCUGGUGUUUGUGUGUGUUGCCAUGGCCAUCUUCAGCGCUCUGGCUCAGCUUCUGGAGCACGGGCUGGAUCUGGAAAGCAGCAAUGAGGACUACGCCAGCAUCCCGGCAGCCUGCUGGUGGGUUAUUAUCUCCAUGACCACCGUAGGCUAUGGAGACAUGUAUCCCAUCACGAUGCCGGGCCGCGUGCUGGGUGGUGUGUGUGUCGUGAGUGGCAUUGUGCUCCUGGCUCUCCCAAUUACCUUUAUCUACCACAGCUUUGUGCAGUGCUACCACGAGCUCAAAUUCCGCUCAGCACGCUGCGUGCGAAGUCUCUCUGCUGAAUUUCUCAACUGACAUUGGUCCCUAUGGGACUUAUUGGUCCCAAAUCCAUCUCAAUUACCCCUCAUCUGAUAUUUCUGUGCCUUUGUUUCAAAACCUUUAACAGCCUCAUGAACUGUAAGCUAAACUAUAGAGAUAUGAUCUGAGAGACUACAAAAAUGCCUAAUAAAAUGCAGCCUCUCUACAUUUUGACCAGUUUAAAUGGUAACAAGUACCUCAGACAACUGUGAUUCAUACUUUGUAAGUGACAAGAGAAGAAUACAAAGAGAUCCAAUGUGAAUAGCACACAGCAAUCAUAACAACCCAAAGGAACUACAUAAGCCAGGGUUCAAAUUAUAACCCCAUCUCUGUGAAAACAAUGAAACUGACCCAAAGAGACAGAAUUUCUCUUGUGUUUGUUGAUAUUUAAAAAGGACAACUGUUGCAACAGCCUGCACCAGAUGGCAUGGCACCUUUGAGGGGUAUUUGGCAAGCUUUUCAGGUCUUGACAGUUCUCCAGACCUUUGUCAGCCAUGAUCAGACCCUGAUCUGGCUUUACAAACAGAACCACUUUGUUCCCACAGUGAAAUAUAUCCAGAUGUUAAUGAUCAUAUCUCUAGACUGUUAAUUCACAUCUAUAUGGAUUUGUAAGCACUCCAGAUAUGAAGAAAGAAAUUACAGACCGAGGCCAUAAAAGAAAACAAUUAUUUAAAGCCCCUGAACAGAUGUUGUGGAAAUUUUUGAAACAACCUUCAGCAGUGUCGUCCUAGUGAACAAUAUUAUUCGAAAUUCCAGUCAGUGUUGCAGCCACAUUAUGAAGAUCCGAUUCUUAACUUCAAGAAACAAACAUCAGAUGUUGAGCUACACAAGGAUAAAGCCACCACCUGCCCAUAUCUCAAUCAAAGAUGACUGUGCGGACCGAGAGGUGUUAACCAAAUUGAUUAGCAAACACCUCACCCACACAUUCAGCAGUCGGAGAGCUGUCACUCUCUUCCUCCUUCACCAUACACACAUGCAAGCACAAAAGCUAGCCUCUCUCCAUCACUGACUCUUUUCUAAUCUGUGGUUAGGAGUACACUAAAAGAAAAUACACAGUUAAUUCACCUGUAGAUUUGUUUGCUUGAUAGUAUCAAAUGUUAUGUUGGAAAAAAUCUAAGAAGGAAUGCCAUUUAAGUAUUAAGCAUGCAAUGGUUUGUCUAACGCUAUUGCUCAUACCGAGACAGGAAAUGCUAAUUUUUUGUAUUGUUUGGUAGAUGAAAACAUCUGAAACAGAAAGAAAUUAAAGAUGGACCUGCACAGGUAUGAUGUAGUUAAAAUUACCCAAUGAGCACCAACUGAACGGAUACAUUCAAGGGCACUGGAUCGUCCUUGCCAGAAGAAUACUGUGUUCAGUUGCGUUGGUCCUUUUUAUAUUAUUUUUAGAUGAUUUUUAUUACAUAUUAUAUUAUAUUAUAUUAUUAUGUUUUUACAGUUGAGUGCAAAAGUUUGUAUACCUUGUGACAAAAUGGAAGAGAAGAGUUACAUUUUAUAGUAAUAUAUUUUGAGGAUGUGAAUUUUCACAAAAGUUUAAUAAAAAAAAGAACAAAAAAACGAAAAUGUUAAAAAAAAAAAAAAAGUAGAGACGUUAAAUCUUUUCAAAAGUCCCACUCUAAAAAGUCUCACCCUUUACCUCUUCGGCUGUCAAACCUCUUUUAUAUCCUUUGAUUUACAAAAAAAUAUAAAAGAAAGUUAAGGAAAGCAAAAUAGGUUAGAUGUGUACAAAAUGGUGGAAUUAGCUUUUUUUAAAUCAAUAAAUUUGCAUUUGUUCUCUGUAUCAACAGACUUGUUGUCCGGUAAUAAAAGCACAAGGUAGGAUUUGCUCUGUUUCACCAUUCACCAACAAUUCAUUUCUAUAAAGUAUGAAUAUAUAUAUAUAUAUAUAUAUAUAUAUAUAUAUAUAUAUAUAUAUAUAUAUAUAUAUAUAUAUAUGACAGAUAUUUGGACAGAUAUCUUAUUUUCAUUUCAGAUCUACAAAUAUAUCAGUUGAUGAACAGUAAACAUCUUUAAAUAUAGUUUAUGAUAUUGUAGCAUAAUAUGGACAUGAACCAGAAUGCAGACUGGACAUGGACAUAAUAAAAAAUAAGUAUAAACACUCAGCUGCUUGCUUGCCCAACCAUUUCUGUAGAUCAUAAUUAAAUAUCAGUUAAAUACAUGCAGUUAAUUCAUAAUACUCAAGGGUUUUUGUGGUUAUUUUCUGUUUUUUUUUUCUCUGCCUGCUAAGAUAUUCUUGUUAGCAAUGUUGGCUGACUUUCCUUGGGGAACCAUUGGGAAUACAAACCUUUGCUAUCAACUGUAUACUUUUUCACCCCUACAAAGGAUAUCAUACAAAUUCAUACUCUGGAAAAGACUGAAUUUUCUCUUUUUGAACAUCUUUGUGCUCAUUGGAUAAUUCUUCUCACCACAUUCAACUUUUUACAUUCUGCUUUGUAACUGUGAAGCUAUGAAUAUUGCAAAAGUGUCAUGAAAUACUUUAUGCAGCAAUUAGUUGUAGAUCCUGAAAGAUAAACCUGAAAUCAUGUUGGUUGUCAGAAAAAUGUUUUUGCCCUUUACUAAAGAAAUACGUGCACAUAUAUUUUAUAUUUAGCACAUUUUUGGCAGGCUUUAUUGCAGAAAUAUUUGAACACUUAGAAAAUAAAGUGAUGCAUUUCCA